AUGAUUGUUGUACUAACGAAAAUAAUUCUUCCUGUUGUUACUAUUGUGGUUGAAGGUGGCAAAGAUACUAUAACAAAUAUAUAUUAUGAUUUACGUGACAAUAUCCCUGUUGUUAUUAUUGAUGGCAGUGGCCGUGUCGCUGACUUUUUCAAACGUUGGUUAUUAUAUACAAAAGAAUUCGAUGAAGCUAGUAAAUAUCCUCAAUAUCCAUAUGAAAUUGGUGAGAUUGAUAAAGCAACUCCAGUUACAGCUUUUUCACCAACAACUGAUGAUACAAAUAGUUCAAAAACAGGUACUCAUACAUAUUUUGAAGUUCAACUUGAUGCAUCUCGCAAUACGCUUAAAGGAAUAUUUGAAAAAUAUGAUGAACGACUUAGAAAAGAUCUUGAUCUUCUUAUAUCACAUGAUGAUGAUUCUAGUAAACGAAAGAAGACGAGUCAGACAUCAAACAAUAAUUCAAAGGACGCAAAAUCAAAUAAAUUCGAUGCAAUACUUCGACAAGUUAUGUAUUGUCUUCAGCCUGCUGUUCGUUCUGGUAUAGCUGUAUUUAAUUUGAAUUCAGAUGAUAAUUUAUCUGAAACUAUUUUUCGUACUGUGUGCAAAUCACGUCAAAAAUAUUUUGAAAGAAAAGAAAGUGAUGAAAAUGAUGCAAUAGAAAUACGUCAACGAAAAUAUAAACCACAACCAACUAUACAUGUUAAACAACAUCAUACAGAUUCACGACAGCAUGUUAAUAGAAGAGAUCAAAAUGCACAACGAUCACAAUUAUUACAGUUGGCAAUGGAUUGGAAUUGUAUUGAUGUUGCAAAAGAGUUAAUUCUUCAAAAUUCAUUAGAUAAUAUUCUGAACAAAGAAGAAGCUUUUUUCAAUGCUUUAACAGGAGAUUUACCAGCAUUUGUUUAUGAAUUUCUUAAAUUGGGUAUUGAUCCAAGUAAAAUAUUCUUUGAAAAUGAUGCAUUCUCUAUGUCAAAAAAUCGAUAUAAAAAAUUUUUUCAACGUUUGUACAGCAAUAAAGCUGUGACUAGUGAUGCAACUCAAUUAAGUGCAUUUAUUGAAUCAGAUGAUGUUGUUGGAAAACAUAUUUGUACAACUGAUGAGCUAAAUGAUGUUCUUGCUAUAUUGGUUGGUGAUUAUAUGCAUAAAUUAUACUUUAAUUCAAAUGAUGAUGAGAUCAAAUAUCGACAAUUAUGGGGUUUAAUAGAACAGAAUAAGGAACAAAAUCAAAUGAAUGCUCAAAAUCCUGAACAACAAGAAAAACCAAGUAAAGAAAGAGUUUUUGAUAUUAUUAUGCGAGAUUUAUUUAUAUGGGCAAUACUCAUGAAUCAUACUGAAAUGGCUCAAGUCUUUUUGAGUCACAUGAAAUAUCGAAUAUGUGCUGCAUUGAUUGCAACAAAAAUAUUAAAACAAUAUUUUCAGAAAGCUCCAUAUGGUGAUUUAAGAGAUAACUACGAGAAGAAUGCACAAUACUUUGAAGAAUAUGCUAUUUCAUGUAUCAAACAAUGUGAAAAAAAUGACACUGAUCUAGCAUGUGAAAUUGUUCUACAACGAAUAGAACUAUAUGGAAAUGUGACUUGUCUUCAGGUUGCUGCUGAUGCCCAAGACAAAUUUUUUAUCGCAACACCAUGUUGUGUUCAAGCUAUGAGUAAUAUGUGGUAUAAUAAUAUUCAUCCCAAACAAUCAAAUAAACGAAAUGAAAUAGCUAUGGCUAUUGGACUCUUUUCACUUGGUCUUCUGGCACCAUUUUUUGUUAAUUAUCGAGAUCCUCCAAAGAUAAAAGACAACAUAGACCCUGAACGAUCUUUACAACCUUAUGGUAUACAUUAUUCCGAUCCAUAUCCCAUUGCAUUUCCUCGAUAUACUAAAUAUCUUCCAAUAAAUAAUUAUAUGCAUCGGAUAAAAAAUUUUCAUCAAGCUUUACGCAUGAAAUAUUGCUAUCAUUGUCUAAUUUAUUGUUUUUUUCUACUGCUUUUCUCGUAUGUACUUUUAUUUAACUUUCAACCACCAACUUCUUCAAUACCAUGUAUCCAUUGGACUGAAAUUCUAACAAUUAUACUUGUUUCAAUAAUGUUAAUUGAAGAAAUUCACUAUGUAAGAAAAGCAAUUCUAUACAAAAACAUGUUUACAAUUUUCUUUUAUUAUCGCUAUAGUUUUUUAGUCUGGACAGUAUAACAUUAUCUGGGAAAUUUAAAAGUUAUUUUAGGGAUCUAUUUAAAAUUAUGACUCUUAUUGGCUUUAUACUUUUUUAUAUUGGAUUAAUUCUACGAUUUACUCAUGCAGA